GCUGGGUAAAGUUAGGUUGAGUUGGGACAGAUGUAUCAGUACCAUCAGUAGUAAUUUAAGUGCAAAAAGUGGGGGGCUCUUGCUUGAGCUGAAUGUGCAGGAUUGAUUGACCUACAACCUCAAAUGGUUACAAUUUGGAUAAAGCUUGAUACAAAGGAAUCAUGUCUGAGUCAGACUCAGUUGGAAACAAUGCUGCGAAAAAGCUUAUAAAAAUUGAUGUAACUUCUGACACUGUGUGCCCGUGGUGCUUUGUGGGCAAAAGAAAUCUUGACAAAGCUAUAGCUGCAUCUAAGGAUCAAUAUGACUUUGAGAUUAGAUUUCAUCCAUUUCAACUCGAUCCUGCUGCCCCUAAAGAAGGCAUCAAUAAGAGAGAGUAUUACAGGAAAAGGUUCGGAUCUCGGGCCGAGAGUAUUCAAGCUCGGAUGUCAGAGAUUUUCAGAAGCCAUGGGCUGGAAUGCGACCUGUCAGGACUCACGGGAAAUACUCUAGAAAGCCACAGGCUUAUGUAUUUCGCUGCAGAGCAGGGUAUUGAUAAGCAAUACAAACUUAUUGAGGAGCUGUUCCUUGGCUACUUCACUCAGGGAAAAUACAUUGGUAACCGGGAAUUUCUUGUGGAAUCUGCAAAACAAGUCGGGAUAGAAGGGGCAGCAGAGUUUCUUGAAGAUCCCAACAAUGGGUUAAAGGAGGUUAAAGAGGAGGUCCAGAAGCACUCAGCAAACAUGACAGGAGUCCCUUACUUUGUGAUUAAUGGAACCCAGAAGCUGAGUGGUGCCCAACCCCCUGAGGUCCUCCAGAGAGCUUUCCAACAAGCUGCUGCUAUUUGAGAGAACCUCGGGUUUCAAAGCUUCUAUUUCAGUUCAAAUAAAGGAAACAAAUUUGCCUGCUAUAUUAUCAUGAUUGUCUUGUCAUGUUGACUGGCUUUGGUUCCUAUGAUAAGAGAUAUAAAUUAAAUAAUAAAAUAUAUCUCUUCUUAUUUGUU